GUGAUUACCGGCGGUGAGUUUUCCGAUCCAGAACAAGUUCUGACUCAUAUGAGACCUGCAGUUUUCUUGUAGCUCUGGAGAAUGGAGCGCAGGAGCAGAAUUCGUGUAGCGGUGAUAGGAGGGGGGCCGGCGGGGCUCUGCGCUGCGAGACACAUUCUGUCUAGGCCCGAGGCCUUUGAUCCACCCGUGGUGUAUGAAAUGACCGAUCGUUUGGGUGGGACGUGGUUCUAUGAGGAACGAGUUGGCACAUAUGACGAUGGAUAUCCCAUCCACAGCAGUAUGUAUAGGGACCUCAGGACCAAUUUGCCUAAGGAGAUUAUGAUGUUCCCUGAUUUUCCCUUUGAUGACCGCCUGCCUUCUUUUUUGCACCAUACUUCGGUUCAGCAGUAUUUGGAACAAUACUGUGAGAAACAUGAUAUUGCUCGUCAUAUCAAGUUCAACACCGUGGUGGAAAAGGUGAAGCCCGUCUCCAUGGAGACAGAGACAGGGGGAGCUGUGACGUGGGAGAUAAUUUCGCGCAGCACACGUGGAGACCAGAACACGCAGACAUUCGACUCGGUGUUCGUCUGCAACGGGCAUUACUCCGACCCCCACCUGCCCUACAUUCCUGGAAUAGAGCAUUUUAAAGGGAAAGUCUUGCACAGCCACUCGUACCGCUAUCCAGAGCCCUUCACCAACAAGUCUGUUGUGGUCUUAGGGGCCAAAGCAUCCGGUGUGGAUAUUUCCAUUGAGUUAGCCCAAGUUAAUGCUCAGGUGAUUCUAAGUCAUAACACACCACCCAUGUCCUUACCUCCUCCUCUGGGUAUCCGGCAGGCUCGUGCUGUUGUUGGGGUUUCAGAGGACGGAUCUUUACAGUUCCAGGACGGAUCAGUGACUCAGGCUGAUAUUCUUCUGUUCUGUACAGGAUACAACUUUAACUUCCCUUUCCUUUGUCCAUCAGAGCUGGGACUGGACGUACAGGAUCUUUUUGUCACUCCACUCUACAAGUACUUGCUGCCCCCUGGCUUCCCUUCAGUCUUCUUUAUUGGCAUUUGCAAAACUAUUUGCCCUUUCAUACAUUUUGAUUGUCAGGUUAAGUUUGCUCUUGCUGUCCUGGAGGGCUCAGUAAAGCUGCCCACCCCAGAAGAGAUGAAGAAUGAAGUGCAGAGAGAGAUCCAACGAAAACAAGACACAGGUGUGCAGCUGAAGCACUUCCUCAAUUUGGACAAGGAUCAGUGGGAUUAUUACCUGGAUCUGGCCAGGAUGGGCCGAUUCACACCCCCUCAGCCAGUGUUUGAGAGUCUCUAUGAAGAGGUGCGCAGACAGAGGCAGAAAGACCCACAGAAAUACAGACAGAUCAACUAUAGGCUCAUUGAUGCCACACAGUGGGAGCUUCUGGAAGCUCCACCAGAACAGACAGAUUGAGUUUAGCUAGUCUAAGGACAAAUUAAUGAGAUUUACACUGUAUUGCUUUGUAGAAUUGUCUGAAGGAAGAACAUAAAAACUAUAUAUAUAUAUAUAUAGAGAGAGAGAGAGAGAGAGA